AUGCCGUCCGAACGAAGGAAGCUGGCGGGCUUCGUACGGGAGGCCGCCAUGGCGAAGCUUUAUGCUAGCCAGGUCGCGCAGAAGGUUAGUGGCAGUGCGAUCGAAUGGAUGGGUGGAAUGGGUUUCGUUAGGGAGGGACUGGCGGAGAAGUACUGGAGGGACUCAAAGAUUGGUGCAAUUUAUGAGGGGACUAGCAAUAUCCAACUGAAGACUAUCGUAAAGUUACUGCAGAAGGAGUACAAGCAGCACUGA